AUGAAUGAUAAUGACCUUAAAACGUUCAAAAGUUGAUUCUAAUAAUUUCUAAACGCCUGGUAUCAUCCUUGGUUUGCAGUGUAUUGUAGCAGUUGAGCAGCAGCAAUGUUGGUUCUGUUCCUCUUUAUCUUCCUCUUGUUACUCUUCUUAUUCAAAUUCGCCACUGCCUAUGGUGAUUUCACUUUGAUGUCAAAGAAAAAACCAAAACAUGAACUAAUUGAAGAUAAGGUUUUUUGGAUUACUGGUGCCAGUCGUGGAAUUGGGGAAAUUCUAGCUCAACAACUUGCAAGUUUAGGGGCCAAGUUAAUACUAUCUGCAAGGGAUGAAGCUGACCUAAACCGAGUAAAGUCACAGCUAAAAGGUAAGCAUGCUGACGAGGCCAAGAUUUUACCGUUAGAUUUAACAUCUGGUGAAGAUUCUCUUAGGAAGGUUGUCGAUGAAGCAGAAUCCCUUUUCCCAGAUUCUGGGGUUGAUUAUAUGAUUCAUAAUGCUGCUUAUGAGCGUCCUAAAUCAUCCGUCUUAGAUGUAACCGAGGAGAGUCUCAAGGCAACAUUUGAUGUCAAUGUUUUUGGGACAAUAACUCUUACAAGGCUCUUGACACCUUUCAUGUUGAGGAGGGGCAAAGGUCAUUUUGUGGUGAUGAGUAGUGCAGCAGGAAAGACACCUGCCCCAGGUCAGGCUGUAUACUCAGCUUCAAAAUAUGCACUAAAUGGGUACUUCCAUUCCUUGCGUUCAGAGCUAUGUCAAAAAGGAAUCCAGGUAACCGUUGUCUGUCCCGGUCCCAUAGAAACAGCAAAUAACUCUGGAUCGCAGGUUCCAUCUGAGAAGCGUGUGUCAGCGGAGAAGUGUGUUGAGCUGACGAUUAUUGCCGCAACUCAUGGCUUAAAGGAAGCUUGGAUAUCAUAUCAGCCUGUGCUUGCUGUCAUGUAUCUUGUUCAAUACAUGCCAACUAUUGGUUAUUGGCUCAUGGACAAGGUUGGUAAAAAUCGAGUGGAGGCUGCUAAAGAGAAGGGAAACGCUUAUUCUUUGAGCCUACUAUUUGGGAAAAAGAAGGCAGUGUGAUGCCUAUAGAUGCAUGUUUUUCUUUUAAAAAUUAUCAAAUACAAUUUUCUUGGUGGUUAUUUUAUCAAACUAGUAACACCUUUUUUAACAAAUGACAAAUCAAAGCAUUUACAAAAUACAGUAUAUAAUUGAACAAUAAAAGGGUAAUAUGGUUCUAUAAAUUUCCUGCCAA